AUGUCAUUUCUUCGUGGUUCGGAAAAUUAUGUGUGGUGUACCACAAGCGUUCUUGGUAAGGGGGCCACUGGUGCAGUGUUUCAAGGGGUAAAUAAGAAUAAUGGAGAACCAGUGGCCGUGAAAACUUUCAACCAACUGAGCCAUAUGAGACCUCACGAUGUCCAAAUGCGUGAAUUUGAGGUUUUAAGAAAAGUCAAGCAUGAAAAUAUUGUUAAGCUCCUCGCUAUUGAAGAGGAACAAGAAGGUCGAGGGAAAGUUAUAGUAAUGGAACUAUGCACCGGAGGUAGUCUUUUCAAUAUCCUAGACGAUCCAGAAAACACUUACGGACUGCAAGAACAUGAAUUUCUCUUAGUACUAGAACAUUUAACAGCUGGCAUGAAACAUUUGCGUGAUAAUAAUUUAGUGCAUAGAGAUCUGAAACCAGGGAAUAUUAUGAAAUUCAUUAAUGAAGAUGGAACCACAACGUACAAGCUAACUGAUUUUGGUGCAGCAAGAGAGCUGCAAGAAGAGGAGCAAUUCAUAUCUCUAUAUGGUACAGAAGAGUACCUUCAUCCAGAUAUGUAUGAGCGAGCAGUUUUAAAGAAGCCAGUGGGAAAGAGCUUUGGUGCUACGGUUGAUCUGUGGUCUAUAGGUGUUACAUUGUACCAUGUAGCAACUGGACAGUUGCCAUUCAGACCAUAUGGGGGAAGAAGGAACAAAGAGACUAUGUUUUUUAUUACUACGAAGAAAGCAUCAGGGGUCAUCUCUGGAACGCAAACAACAGACAAUGGACCAAUAGAAUGGUCUAGAGAGCUACCUUCACACUGCCAAUUAAGUGUUGGCCUGCGAAAACUGGUCACACCGUUGUUGGCUGGCCUGCUUGAGGUUGACCCACACAGAAUAUGGAAUUUUGAGAGGUUUUUCUCUGAAGUUCAAACAGUCACCUCCACCAAACCUGUGCAUAUUUUUCAUGUGAACAAAGCCUCUAGUAUUAAGGUGUUCCUGAAGCCAGAAGAGAAGUAUGAGCAUUUGCAGACCUACAUCUGCGAGCAGACAAGCGUGGUGGCAGAGUCACAGAUCCUGCUCUAUGAGGACAGGCUGCUGCUUUCCGAAAUCGACGAAAGCACGCUCGGCAAGAAGUACCCGGAGACCACGGCGGAGGAGCCGCUGCUGCUGUUUAACAAGAACAACAACAACGUGAGCAUGCCGCCGGAGCCCGAGGUGCCCAAGUUCCCCGUGUUCCCCAACAUCGUGUCCGUGGAGAACGACGCCAGCCAGGCCAAGACGGCGUGCAGCGUGGGCCACGCGGUGCGGCGCCGCGUCGAGGCGCUGUGCGCGGCCGCCGUGCUCUGCUCGCGCUGCGUGGCGCGCUGGGGGGCGCUGCUGGCGGCGCGGCUGCGGCGCGCGGCGCGCGCGCUGCGCCUGGCGGGGCAGCCGCUGCCCGCCGGCGGCGCGGCGCCGCUCUGCGCCGAGGCGGAGCGGCUGCGCGCCGCGGCGGCCGCGCUGCUGGCGCGCCACUCGCCGGCCGCGCUGCGCGCCGAGUGGGACGCGGCGGCCGCGCUCUCGGGCUGCCCCAGCGAGCUGCGGCUGCACCUCAAGGCCAAGACGCUGGUGGAGCGGCUGCGCGACUCGUGGCAGCACCUGGUGCGCGACCGCGCCACGCGCUCGCUCACCUACAACGACGAGCAGUUCCACGUGCUCGAGCGCAUCACCGUGGCCGAGACGGGCCGCCGCGUCAGGGCGCUGCUGCAGCUCGCCGUGCCGCUGGCGCGCGCGCGCGCGGACGCCAUCGCCGACUGGUGGGCGCAGCCUCCGCCUCCCCUCCCCACCUCGCCCCUCUCGCCCCUCUCGCCCCUCUCGGCCCGCCGCUCUGACGCCGCGCCGCCCCGUUGCAGGUACAAGGUGGCGCAGACGGUGUACCUGCAGACGCAGAUCCUGGACAAGGACGUGUCGAGCAUGGAGCUCAAGCUGCUGGCGCUCAGCGCUCGGCUGCAGGACGCCGAGCAGAAGGCCAAAGCCGCCAUCGGGGACGCGCAUCAGUCGUCGAGUAGCAAGAACGAAACGACCGAAAAGGAGAGGGAGAGAGAUCGAGAGAGGGAGAAGGAGGAGCGCAGCAAGCCGCCGGGAGGCGUGACGGCGGGGGGCGCCGGGGUGCGGGCGUUGCUGGCGGCGCAGGAGGAGCUGGCGGCCAGCGUGGCCGGCAACUCGGCGCUGGUGGCGCGCCUGGCCCAGCUCGCGCACCAGCUGCGGCCC